GCUUGGCGCAAGCCAAGCAUCCACCAGUCUCCCGCCCCAGCUCCAGCCGCUAGGCGAGGCCCCUUUAAGAGCCAGUGCGCGCCCCCGCCCCGCCAGCUCUCACUUUCCCUAGCAACCGCCCCGGGGGAGGGGGAGGUCCUGGCAACAGCGCGUUGGCCAGGACGGUCACGUGACGGCCCGCAGCUGGAACGCGAGCGCGCGUCUCGCCGCGCGCCCGCCCGCCGGGGCCUGUGCGCUGCGGCGCGUGCGCGAGCGGUGCAGCACCGGUCGCGGGAGCUGGGAGUAUUAUGGGCUGUGGGUGCCGCUGAGCAAGAUGGAGCUGUCUGCAGUGGGCGAACGGGUCUUCGCGGCCGAAUCCAUCAUUAAACGGCGGAUCCGCAAGGGACGUAUCGAGUACCUGGUGAAAUGGAAGGGGUGGGCGAUCAAGUACAGCACUUGGGAGCCCGAGGAGAACAUCCUGGACUCGCGGCUCAUCGCAGCCUUCGAGCAGAAGGAGAGGGAACGUGAGCUGUAUGGGCCCAAGAAGAGGGGACCCAAACCCAAAACUUUCCUUCUGAAGGCCCGGGCCCAGGCGGAGGCCCUCCGCCUCAGUGACGUGCAUUUCUCUGUCAAGCCGAGUGCCAGCGCCUCCUCGCCCAAGCUGCACUCCAGCGCCGCCGUGCACCGGCUCAAGAAAGACAUCCGCCGCUGCCACCGCAUGUCCCGCCGCCCCCUGCCCCGCCCAGACCCUCAGGGGGGCAGCCCUGGCCUGCGCCCGCCCAUCUCGCCCUUCUCAGAGACCGUGCGCAUCAUCAAUCGUAAAGUGAAGCCUCGGGAGCCCAAGCGGAACCGCAUCAUCCUCAAUCUGAAGGUGAUCGACAAGGGCCCGGGCGGAGGUGGCGCGGGGCAGAGUGCUGGGGCGCUCGCGCGCCCCAAAGUCCCCUCCCGGAACCGCGUCAUCGGGAAGAGUAAGAAGUUCAGCGAGAGCAUCCUCCGCACCCAGAUCCGCCACAUGAAGUUUGGCGCCUUCGCGCUGUACAAGCCCCCGCCCGCCCCUCUGUCGCCCCCGCCCGCAGGCAAGGCUGAGGUCACCGCCUCCCCAGGCCCGGGGCUACUACUGCCCGCCUCAGCCCCCACCGCCCCCUACGAUGCCCGCAGCUCCAGCUCUUCUGGUUGCCCUUCGCCCACGCUGCAGUCCUCUGACCCCGAUGAUGCGCCGCCUAAGCUACUCCCCGAGACCAUGAGCCCAAAUGCCCCCGACUGGCGCGAGCCCGAGGUGCUCGACCUGUCCAUCCCCCCGGAGUCGGCAGCCACCGGCAAGAGGGCACCUUCUGAUGUCACUACUGCUGCUGGCCAGGCACUAACCACAGUUCCAGAGUCCGCUGGUGCCUCCGAGCCAGAGGCUGGUGACUGGCGCCCUGAGAUGUCACCCUGCUCCAAUGUGGUCGUCACUGAUGUCACCAGCAACCUCCUGACGGUCACUAUCAAGGAGUUCUGCAACCCUGAGGAUUUCGAAAAGGUGGCUGCUGGGGUAGCAGGUGCUGCAGUCGGAGCUGGCAGCAGUGGGGUGAGCAAAUAAGGGUGCUCCCCCAACAAGGGGGGUGGGGGGGCUCUUUUGCCCCAAAUCACACUUGUGCUCCCUUCCUGCCCCUGCCCUCAGACCUGUCUGCCUGUGCUUUGCUUGUCUCAAAUGGCUGGGUGUUUGUUGACCCAGGGAUGGGAUGGGCAGUUGCCCCCCACCAAGGCCAGUAGGCUGGGCAGUCCAGGACUGGAUUAGGGCUGGGGCAGGGAAUGGGCACCAAGGAGUGCUCAACUCCUGUCUUUUGGCACUGUCCUUGCCCAUGCACUAUGGGGCCCACUGGGUGGUUUCUGGGGAACCCUAAAACCUGGGGUUCACCUGCCCUCACCUACAUCCUACCUUGUCUCUGCCUAGCUUGCUUCUUGCUCUCAUGUAUAAGCAUCUGGUCACUAGGUGCUAACCCAGCAGCUGCAGGGCUUCCUGCCUGUAUGGCAUCACCCCAGAUUAGAGUGAAGGAUGAGGCCAGAUGGCCCUUCCUUCUACACCAUCAAGGGUGGCAGCAACUGGGCCAGAGAUCCACUUCCCUGGCUACCUGCUUUUGGGCCAGGCCUUUGUGCCCCCUACCCUAUUUCUUCCCGGAGCCCCUCUUGAAGUUGGAAGGAGCUGGUGCAGAUACACCCUGCUGGAGCUUCUGGGCACCUAAAGGCCCUUCAGUUCUCGAUCAAAGGUGCUACAAGAACCUGUUGUGGGAACUUCUAGCUGUGCAUGUGCAUCAGCCCCCUUGGUGUGUUUGUGUCUCCACAUGUGCAGUGGGUGCUGGGCCCCAGCUUUCCCCUUGGCUCAGACAGUGUCAUUGAAGGCUGGGCUCAGCCCUCCCUCACUAGCAGGGCCUGGCGUGGUUGGGUUCAGAGAGAUCUCUGUGGAGGCCACUAAGCCUCUCCUCUUGGUCCAGGUAUGCUGGGUGUGCCAAGCCCUCGGGCCCUUCUCCUUGGGGUGGUCAGCCCCACAGUUGGGUCUUCACUGUAGACCUGGCAUGGUGGUGAUAGUGGUAGAGAGAGGGAGCCCUGCUCCAGCCUACCUUCCUCCAGGUGUUUGGGGAGGAAAGAGGAGGCCUGGAGAUCUCCUGGGGGUCUUCACCUUCUCCCACCCAUCUCGGUUGCUUCUGGCCGCUGAGGCUUUCUCAUAGCCCAGCCCGCUCGAAACAUCGGGAGGCCUUGGAUGCCCUGGGCAGCAUCUGUUGCUCUCUGCUGCCAGGGAGCUGAGGCAUCCAUGCCAGUGGCAGAGACCAAAACCCCACUUUUAGGCUGGGCCUGGGAGGGUAGGCAGGCCAGAGGAGAGAGACCACAGAGGGACCUGUGUUCAGGAGAGCCAGGGUAUCUCUCUGGGGUAGGGGGCAUGGGUGGCAUGUUUCUGUGUGUGACUGGAGCAAGUCUCCAGUGUGCACAGCCAUUGGUACCCGCUCAGAAGCAUGAUGGCAAAAAGCAUGUGGAGGGCAGAAAGGGAAGCAAUCAGAUGACAGCAUGUUGGUCCCUUAAGGGGGAGCCCCUGCCAGGGACUCAGCAUAGCUCCCGACCCUCCCUGCUCCAGGGUAUAGAACAGGGGCCCUUACAGGGUUUGAGGGGCAACACUCCUGGGUUCUCCACCCCCCCACCCUUUGUGUUGGCUCCAAGACCGUCCAAGUGCCAAUUGGCUUUUCCCCAAAAUAAGGGCUGGUAUUUCUCCUCUGUCCUUAGAGGUGAUUUCCCCCGACCCCCUCCCAGGUGUGCUGCCACCUGGGUGCCAGUUACAGGUGUUUCCAGAGACCAUAGAAAUGUGUUUUCCUGAGAGUCUGUGUCAUUCGUGACUUUUUUUGUAAAGAAGUUGUGUUUUCAGAGGUGAUUUUAUGAUGGAAAGUGAAAGAAUUAGUUUUUCAAAAAAAAAAAAAAAAAGCAAAAAAAGAGGAAAAAAAUAGAAAAAAAAUAUUGUGGGAUUCCUAAGGGACUUGCGGGGAGUGGGGGGGAAAGAGAUAUUUAAAGAGAACAUAGUAGCACUGCGAUUGCACAGGUGAGGUGGCAAUGUGAGGAAUGGGGGAGGGGAGGCCUGGGCCUGAUUGCCGGGUCCCCUGGGGUCUCAGGCACCCUGGAGACAUUCUGGCCACCCUCCUUCUUUGUCCCCAGGCAGGGUGAGCCUUCCCUGCUGACCCAGGCCCAGACUUCCACUCCAUUCCUUGAGCAAAGGGAAAGAUGACAGCUCCCAAGGGAGCUAGCUAGAAUUUUUUGGGGGGAGGCAAGCAAAGGGAGGCUGGGGAGGGGGCCGGGCCUUGCCUCGUUGGCAAUUUUCUCCAGGAAUGCUGGUGAGUAGUAAUUUGGUUUUUUUGCUCACCUCCAUUCUUUUGCCAGCUUGUGGGGCCAUGUGGUCCCCGAUACCACCACUCCAUGGGGGGCAGCUCCCCCAGUCACCCCAAAGACCGUGACACCACUGAGAGAAGCUGUGGGCCCUCGUAGAGACUCUUUAGAUGCUGGCUGACUGGGAUAGCUGGAAAGAAGGGAAGGCCUUUCAUGGUGGGUUGUUGCCCUGGGCCCCAGCCUGGACAGCCCCACUCCUGCCUGUGUGUGUGCAUGUGCACACUGCCUCAAGGCCUGUGGCUGCCCUAGGAUCAAGAGCAAGGGGAACCCUCCUUCCUGGUCCCAGGCUGCCUGCUGGCCGACAUGCCCUGGCCACUCCCUCUCCCAUUUGCACGGAUCAGCCUCCUUCACCCUUUGCUGCUUUUCCAUUUGCCUAAUUACCAAGCAGAAGUUGCAGCCUGGUUUGCUUUAUUUUUGUAUGUGAAAUAACGCCCCCUUCCUGUGUUCGAUUUUGGGUGGACAUUGGUCAUGUCCCCUUAAAUGUAGCCCCCCCCAUGUGUCAUAGGAAACACGUGAGGCCUGAUGUCUCUGGUGUGAGAUGGAAAAUUGGGGCCUGUCCCUAUCUGGUUUCCCUCUCUGACCCCUCUGCCUUUCUGUGAAAGGGCUGUGCUGUAUAGCAAGGCCUUGCGAGAAGCACUUUGGUGCUCCAUGUUGCUGGCAGUGGGGCCUCCAGCCACCCACAGUCCCUGCAGAAGGUCACGGUCAAAAUGAGCCUCCUCCUUCCUCAGAUCUGGGAAGAGGUGAUGACCAAGUCCCCAGCCUCAGUGGGAAGAGGGUAGAGUGGGAGGGGUCGCCCCAUUUCAGAGGGGGCAAAGCUGCUUCACUGGGAUAACAUGGCAAGCUGAGAGCCCAGGCUGUCCCAUGCUUUAGAUAAAAAAAAAAUAAUAAUAAGGUAGGAACCCUGGGG